CGGUUACACGCGUCUCUCUGUCUCUGUGAAAAGUAAAGGCCACACAACUUCUGUAGGAAAACCGCCCUCCUCACUUCACUCUCUGCCCGUCGUUUUUGUUAUAACAAAAAAGAUGCAAAAAAACUAAGGGAACGACACAUACACGCACAUAUACACACACACGCACUCACACUCUCGCAUACGCAGUCUCUCUCUCUCUCUCUCUCUAUAUUGGGGCUGCUUAAGGCGUGUUUAUCAGCCAAAUCUGAGCACCCAUUUCUCAUUUCUCUGUCAUUUGAAGGGGAAUUUCCUUUAUAGUAUGUUUCCUUUCCUAUAUGUUCUUGAAUGCUUUGUGGAAGUAGUGGGCUACUCCUACUCCGUGUGAAAUAUGAAGAAAUUUUCUUUUCCUUGAUUUAUUAUUCACGGGCGUUAAAUCUGGAGGCUUUGGCCAAAUCUAGGGAGACCCUUUUGGUCAGUGACAGUCGAGGGGGUCUCAAACGAGCUGUGUUAUUGGCUUGGUUAUUGAUGUUGGCGCUUUUCAGUUAUGUGGGGUUUUGAUGUUUGAUUGACAGCGCUCCGUGGUCCAAUCUUUGUCCACCUGAAAGUAUUUUUUAAUUUUAAAUCGAAAAUCUCUCUUAGGGUUUGAGGUUAAGAGUACUGUGAAAGUUGGUUUCUGAGAAAAACCCACUGCUGGUUCUAGGACUGGAGACCCAUUGUGGUUAUUGGCUUUAACUCCUCUUGGUCAUGGAGGGAGAAUCAUCAUGGAUCAACCAUUGCCUUGAUGACACGAAAAGAGAGAUUGGAGAGUUUGAUUCAUUCUCAGAGCUUAAUGAUGACGGCAAUCAAGAAGCUACUGCAGUUUCUCUGGAGUUGAUGCUGCCUGAUGACCUGUUGGAACGGAUCCUAGCCUGUCUCCCCAUCGCAAGCAUUUUCAGAGCAGGUUGUGUGUGUAAAAGGUGGCAUGAGAUUGUUAGUUCAAGUAGGUUUUUAUGGAACUUUUCGCAUGUCCUGUCACAAAAACCAUGGUAUUUUAUGUUUACAAGCUCUGAGGAACCAAUUGGUUAUGCUUAUGAUCCCAUCCUUCGGAAGUGGUAUGGUAUUGAACUCCCCCAAAUCAGGGCACCCAAUUGGUGCAUUGCGUCAUCAUGUGGAUUGAUUGGCUUCAUGGACAAUGACAGUAGAAGCGAGCUAUAUGUCUGCAACCCUAUUACCAAAUACUUGAAGAAGCUUGCGGAGCCCCCAGGUUUGAAAUGUCCUGAUUACAGUGCGCUUGCUAUCUCAGUGAACAGGAUAUCACAUGGUUAUAAAGUCACAGUAGUGAAAUCUAAGCAAGUCCCUGGAAUUUUUUUUGAAUGGGAUAUCUCAAUUGAAAUUUAUGAUUCAGAAACAAUCAUUUGGACAACCUCUUUGACAGAGGUUUUAACAGGGUGGAGAGGUGGUGAUGAAAGUGUGAUCUGUGAUGGGGUUUUGUACUUUCUGAUUUAUUCAACUGGGAGUGGACCGGAAAAUCGUCAUGGUCUAAUUGCAUAUAAUCUCUCCAGCCGUUCUUCCCAUGGAUUGUUGAAAAGGAGUUUUAUUCCAGUACCUUGCCCGCUUACAUGUGGCCGUCUAAUGAACCUAAAGGGGAAGCUGGUGAUGGUUGGAGGAAUUGGGAAACAUGAUAGGGCUGACAUAAUUAAGGGGAUUGGCAUCUGGAUUCUAAAUGGGAGGGAGUGGCAAGACAUUGCACGUAUGCCUCAUAAGUUUUUCCAAGGAUUUGGGGAAUUUGAUGAUGUUUUUGCUAGCAGUGGUACUGAUGAUCUCAUAUACAUCCAGAGCUAUGGAGCUCCUGCACUUCUUAUCUAUGACAUGAACCAGAAGCAAUGGAAAUGGUCACAAAAGUGCCCUGUGACAAAGAGGUUCCCACUUCAGCUCUUUACUGGUUUUUGCUUUGAACCCAGGCUUGAAAUUGCUCCCUAAUUUGCUUCACUCUAGAUUUAUGUGGUGUUUAUAUAUGAAUGUGUCUUAGAUUCCCAUGGUUUUCUUUUGUUUUCAUUUGCCUUUAUAUUCAGUUGUUAUGAAAUUUGUAUUCGGAAAAGUUUAUACACAAUGUAAAUGCUGAUAAAGCUACUCAUUGAUGAUUAUGGGGAAUAUCAUUCUUUGCAUUCAGAAACA